AUGGCAUUAUUUGGAUCGUCAACCAGCUCAACAGGUCCUAAUACUGGCACAGCGACAACUAAGUCGGAGCAAAUCAAGACCCAAAUACAGGAUCAGAUUAGCCAGGAGUUGGCAAUAGCAAACGCUACGGAAUUGGUAAAUAAAAUCACUGAAAACUGUUUUGAAAAAUGUAUAUCCCAGCCUGGCAGUUCAUUAAGUUCUGGUGAAGAUCAUUGCGUUAAUCAGUGCUUAGAGAAGUAUAUGAGAUCAUGGAAUGUUAUUUCCAAAUCGUAUGUGUCUCGAAUUCAACAAUCUUCAAGCUAA